GAACACUAGUGAAGAAUUGCAAAUCGUACAACUAAGCAUCCCAGCCUCGAGACCUAAGGACACACCAAUGAAUACAAGUGAUUACAAUCAGCCUUUAUACUGUGCCACAAUUUCCUAUACACUGAAUCUUCUUAUAGUCAUCAUUGCCCUGGUUGGUGUUGCAGGAAAUGCCAUAGUUCUGUGGCUCCUGGGCUUCCACAUGCGCAGGAAUGCCUUCUCUGUCUACAUCCUCAACCUGGCUGGGGCCGACUUCCUCUUCCUCUUCUUUCAGACUCUGUAUUCCCUGGACAAAAUACUUCAUCAUUUUCAUAUAAGUAUUACUGGUGUGACCAUGUAUUUGAUUAUGGUGUUAAAUUGUGCUUAUUUGGCAAGUCUAAGCAUGCUCAGUGCCAUUAGCACUGAGCGCUGCUUGUCUGCCCUAUGGCCCAUAUGGUACCGCUGUCAAAGGCCAAGACACACAUCAGCUGUCAUGUGUGCCCUGCUCUGGGCCUUGUCCCUGACAUUGGGCCUCCUGGAAGGGAAAUCAUGUAGUGCCUUCUUUAAUGACUUAGUUUUGGCUUGGUGUAGGAAAUUAGAUUUCAUCACUUUUGCUUGGUUAAUUGUUUUAUUUGUGGUCCUCUCAGGGUCCAGCCUGGCCCUGAUAAUCAGGGUUUUCUGUGGCUCACACAGGAUUCCUGUGACCAGGCUCUAUGUGACCAUUGCCCUCACAGUGCUGGCCUUCCUGCUCUUUGGUUUGUCCUAUGGGAUCUACUGGUUCCACUUAGGUUGGAUUGAUGAGAUUCAUAGUGGUUUCCCUUGUAGUGCUUUUGAAAUCUCAGCAUUAUUAUCCUGUGUUAACAGCUGUGCCAACCCCAUCAUUUACUUCCUUGUUGGCUCCAUUAGGCAUCAUCGAUUCCAGAGACAGACUCUGAAGGUGCUACUGCAGAGAGCCAUGCAAGACACUCCUGAGAAAGAAGGUGGAGAGAGGAGUUCUUCCGGACAGGAAACAGUCUUGUGCAGCAGCUGA